GUUGCAUUGUUGCAUUUCACGAUAACGACGGAAUGUGGGGGAAAGGGGAGCUGGGUAGAUCAAGGGCGGGGUAUUAGUGAUAUGCUACCAUAACACAUACAUCUUUCUUUUCGUAGUGUAACGCCUCUUCGUCAUUGUUUAGUUCGGUUGUCCUUUCUUGUCUUGUUGUCCUACUUCACCAACCUCAUUUCGCAACACCACAUCCAAGCUUCACCACCUUGAAGCCUGACCAUCUCCAAGCUUCACGAUCCCCUCACUAAACUCCAAAACACUCAACCCCAACUUCUACUCCCCUCACCACCAUCCCAAUCCAUCACCAUGGGCUUCUGCGACGGCAAAGUAGUGGACAUCCACACCCACAUGUACCCCCCCGAAUACGUCAAGAUCCUCGAAUCCCGCACCUCCAUCCCCCUCGUGCGCUCCUUCCCCGGCUCCUCCGACCCGCGCCUCAUCCUGCUCGACACCGAGGUUCCCAUCCUCGAAGAAGCCGAAGCGGCCAAAGCGCGGGGCGAGACGCCCACCAACAUCCCCGGCCGUCCCCUAACCAAACACUACUCCUCGCUCGACCAAAAGAUGCACUUUAUGGAAACCCACGAAAUCGACAUCAGCGUCGUCUCGCUCGCCAACCCGUGGCUCGACUUCCUCUCGGCCUCCGAGGCGGGACCUAUAGCCGAGUCCAUCAACGCCGACUUCAGCCGCAUGUGCGAAGAAAAGUGCGGCCGCCUCUUCUUCUUCGCCGCUUUACCUCUGACCGCUUCGCAAGAGGUUAUCCUCUCCUCCAUCGCCCACGUUUCUUCUCUGCCUUACUGCCGGGGCGUCAUCUUGGGCACCUCCGGGUUGGGAAAGGGGCUAGACGACCCCGAUCUCCUGCCCAUCUUCCAAGCCCUGGCCGACGCGCGCCUGAUCAUCUUUUUGCAUCCGCACUACGGCCUGCCGAACGAAGUCUGGGGUCCCCGCGCCCAAGAAAAUUACGGCCACGUCUUGCCUUUGGCCCUUGGGUUUCCGAUGGAAACCACCAUCGCUGUUACGAGGAUGUACCUCGCGGGCGUGUUCGAUCAGGUUCCGCAACUAAACAUGCUGCUGGCGCACAGCGGCGGGACGCUGCCUUUCCUGGCGGGGAGGAUAGAGUCGUGUAUUUUGCACGACGGACAUUUGCACGCUGCGGGGACGAAACCGAAGAAGACCAUCUGGGAGGUGUUGAGCAGCCAGGUUUAUCUCGACGCGGUGGUUUAUAGCGAUGUGGGGCUGAAGGCGGCGGUAGCAGCGAGCGGGCCCGAGGGCCAUGAGAGGUUGAUGUUUGGCACUGAUCAUCCGUUUUUCCCGCCGCUGGGGAGCGAUGAGGAGGGCGAGUGGGAGAGCGUGACGUGGAAUGGGGCGGCGGUGAGGAAGGCGUUUGGGGAGGAUGCGGAGGGGGUGAAGGUGCAGAAAGUAAUGGGCGGAAAUGCGGUUAAGGUGUUGAACUUGAGGAGGGAUGGGUGCCGAUAAGCUUUGGCUAGGGGUUGCGUGGCAAGGAGGGAUGGGUUGUAAGUAGAUGUUAUGUAGAGCAUGUAUAUAUACGACGGAGGGCUGGCCCUUUGCUUUAUGAUAUAGAGAAAAUGGAUUGCGAUGUAAAGC